CAAGAUAGGGUGGAAAACUGUCAUGAGUCACAUUUUAUAUAACGCGAACUCUUACGAAGAGCUGAUUAGUCCUUUUCCAAAACGAUUCAAGAUGAACACCACAGAUACGCAGAACAACACUUUCCUCUUCACUUCUGAAUCCGUUGGUGAGGGACAUCCCGACAAGAUCUGCGACCAGGUUUCUGACGCUAUCCUGGAUGCCCAUCUUAAACAGGAUCCCGAUGCUAAAGUCGCGUGUGAAACCGUUUCCAAGACUGGCAUGAUUCUUGUGUGCGGUGAGAUCACAUCCAAGGCUGUUGUUGAUUAUCAAACCGUUAUUCGUGACACAAUCAAGAAAAUUGGUUAUGAUGACUCAAACAAAGGCUUUGAUUACAAGACAUGCAAUGUGUUAGUUGCCCUUGAACAGCAAAGCCCUGACAUUGCCAUGGGUGUACACACGGGUAGAAAGGAGGAAGAUAUUGGUGCUGGUGACCAAGGUCUUAUGUUUGGCUAUGCCACUGAUGAGACAGAGGAACUUAUGCCUCUGACAGUAGUCUUGGCUCAUAACUUGAACCGAAAGCUUGCAGAGAAGAGGCGUGAUGGAUCCAUGUCCUGGCUGCGACCUGACUCCAAGACCCAAGUCACUGUUGAGUACAAAUCUGAAGGAGGUGCAGCCAUCCCUCUCAGGGUUCAUACCAUUGUUAUUUCCACCCAACAUGAACCAGAUAUCACUCUGGAAGAACAGAGAAGGCAGCUCAGGGAGAAAAUCAUUAAUGAAGUCGUCCCUGCUAAGUAUCUUGAUGAUAGUACUAUUUAUCAUCUUCAACCAUCUGGUGCAUUUGUGAUUGGAGGCCCUCAGGGUGAUGCUGGUCUGACGGGAAGAAAGAUUAUUGUAGACACUUAUGGCGGAUGGGGUGCACAUGGUGGUGGUGCCUUCUCUGGAAAGGACUACACUAAGGUUGACAGGUCUGGUGCUUAUGCAGCACGAUGGAUUGCCAAGUCUCUUGUUGCAGCUAAGCUGUGCCGGCGUGCUCUUGUUCAAGUCUCGUAUGCCAUUGGUAUUGCUGAGCCUCUUUCAAUCACAGUGUUCUCUUAUGGAACUGGCAAGAAGACUGAAGAUGAACUCUUGAAAAUUGUUAGGGACAACUUUGACCUUCGCCCAGGAAUGAUUGUCAAAGAUCUUAAGCUGAAGAAUCCCAUCUAUCAAGAUUCAUGCACCUAUGGUCAUUUUAAACCUGGCCCUGGCUUCACGUGGGAAGUUCCUAAGAAGCUAGUUUAUUAAACAAAUUUGCAAUUUUGACACUUGGAAACAUGUAGAGGAAAGUGACCCUUGGAUUGGACUCAGAUGAUUCAACCUAAAAUUAGAUUUUAAAAGCCUCUAAAUAUAAAUACUCCAAAGUAGAAAAACAUGAGUUAUCACUGUCUUAGUUUACUAUAUGUAUUUUCAUUUAUUCCAAAUGCACAGUGUAUCGGGUAAUUUGUAUUUGCUAGUGUGGCUCUUGUAUUCUGCUGUAAAAAGCAAUAAGCUUCUUUAAGGAAAAGUAAUGUGAAAACAGAAAAGUUAAAUAUUUUAUAUUAACAAGAAGAGGGAGCAGUAUAGGACCUGUGGCAAAGUACAACCAAACUAAAUUAUGUUUAUUUAUUAUCUGGUGAACAGUCAGUCUCCCAGCCUGUUGGAGCAACCAAAGAAACUUGACAACUGAAUGAACACAUGGAGAUGUCAAGUAUUUGUCAUUAUUGUGUUUUUAAUUUUUUUGUUUGUUUCUUGGUUAAUUGUAUGAUGCCGUUGAAGAAUGUAAUCCAAUAAGAAUAAAAGGACAAGGAAUGGUUAUUUCAUAAA